AUGGCCGCCCGCGAGCCAGGCCCGCGCGGCGCUGAGCACAGGCCCAGGCACUCCUCGGGAGCUGGAAGUGACCGGCCCCGCUGGCCGCAAACGUGGCCACUGGGCCGGGACCGCCUCCCCAAGGAGCGUCCGGCCUGGGGCGCGGGGCGCGGGCCUGGCUCCUCCCCGCCGGCUCCGGCCGCUCCGCCCCCGAGCUGGCUCUGUCUGGGCUGCGCUCGCCGAAGCGCGAACGGCGGCGGGAACGACGGAGACCACGGCACCCCUGGGGCUGUGUCCUCGGAGGCGAUCUCCGUGGGCACGGCGCAGGGGCUGGUCGCCCCCCGCUUCAGGCAGCAGCGCCCGGGGAGUCCCCGCGCCGCCCCCUCCACUAGGCACCCCGGAGCCAGAGCCGGGCGGGACCCCACACCCCCACGGCAAGCAGGGCCACCGGGCGGUCUCCCCGCGCUGCCCACCGCCCCCGCCCGGGCAGCCACCCCUGUCCCGGGCAGUGCCCACUCUCGGACCCCGGGCCCACUUACCCUCCGCCUCCUGGGGUAUAUAGCCGCUGCCUGCCCCUGGGGGCCCACCCCUACCUCGCAGGUCCGCGCCGCGCCCUCCACCCGGCGCCCUCCCGCGCCCGGGAUGCGGAGCCCUCGCCUGGGUCCCCGACGCGCGCGCGCCGGUCUCUCCCGCGCACCUGUAAGAACGCCGGGGGCGGGCGGGCUGCCUCCCGCGCACCUGCGCGAGCGCCCGCGGGGGCCCGCGCGUCUUUCCGGGGCCCGGAGACGCCAGUCGGCCCAGCGAGUGCUCCCGGCGCCCCCGGCCCGGGCAGCGCGCGCUCGACCGCCGCGGCGGCGGGGCCCGGCACUCACCGCGUCCUGGAGGCCGCGCCGGGCGCUGGCGGAUCUGAGAAACGCGCCGAGGCGGGGACGCGGGCGGGAGGGCGGCUGCAGCCCGGGGCCGGGAGCGCGUGCUCGGGAGCGCGCCGGCGCGCCCCGGCCCCCGGCCGCCAGCCCAGAGCCCUCGCCGCUCGCUUAA